UUCCCACCAUGUUCGUGCGCCGAGCGAGUAGCGCGGUGGGAUUGCUUAGCCGACGGGCGUAUGCUUCCAGCACGUCGGAAGGAGUGCCUUCGCCGCCAACCAAGCUGAAUCUCGGAGACUUCAACGUGUUGAUCGCCGAACUGCGAGCAGUAGUUCAGCAUCCGUUGCACGUCGCGUCAAGUCGAAAGAAGACCGGUGUCAAGGAAAUGCCAGACACUCAGUUCCUCAAGGCCAUUGGACGUGAUGACUUGGUCCAUGCCAUUCGAAAGAAGCAUGGCGGGUUUGUCGGAGUUGCCCAGCGUCUUGGAUGGCACAUCGAGACGACCAACGCCCGCGAGUCACACAUUAAGCUGGUAACGCGGGAAAAGCGGCGAGCGGAACGGCUCAAAGAGAUCAAGAAGCACAGAGUGUUUUAGCCGUGACAUAUCCAUGACGAGUUAGCAUGCACCAACAAUUGUUUGGUCGACUUCCCUACGACGUAGAAGUCUAACAAGACAAUACGCUGUUGCAAACUUGAUUUACGAAUCGUCUUCAUGCGAAAGCCUCGGUCCAACGCAUGGCUUUCAUCUGCCAUGGCACCUGCCUGGAACGUUGGUGGGGGUGAAUACUGUCGUUGU